AUGGGGCCGGGAUUUGAGCAGACCCUCAUCCUGCAAGGCCAAAAGCAUCGUCCAUUCCCAGUGGACACCGCGUGGAGGUGGGAGCUCGUCGUCCGCCUAUCUGCCCGUCAUUUCUACGGCCGUUGUAAGGAAUCACAGGCGGCCAGAGAAAGAAGCAAAAUAGAAAUGUCCCUGGCAACCUUACCCACAGAGCUCCUGCUCAUCAUCGCUUCCUACCUCAUCGAGCCCUCCGACCUCCUCACCCUUCUCCUCCAAAACCGCUACAUCUACUCCGUCCUCCACUCAACCCUCUACACCAACGGCAUCCGCCGCCACGGCUGCUCGGCCCUCAGGUGGGCCGCCACGCACAGCCGCGUUGUGACGGCGGAGCAUUCACUCAAGCGCUGGGCGCAUAAGAUCCUCAGCGCCUCUUAUCGCAAGGACGAGAAUGUGGUAAUGGGCGGGGCCUUUUGGGGAUCUAGGGGAGGCAUAUAUACUUUUCUCUGGGGCUAG